AUGUCUUGUUCGUCGUCUUCACCAAGAUCGCUUGUCUCUAUGGGCUCAGAAAGUUCUAUCACCACACUUCAACAGCGUCUUCAGUUCAUUUUGCACAGCCGUGCUGAGUGGUGGGUGUACAUCAUCUUCUGGCAAGCUUGGAAAGACGACGACGGAAGUUGCAGUCCUCGCCGCCAGGUACUCAAUUGGGGGGACGGCCACUUCCGUGGAACCAGAGAGUCGUCCACGUCCAAGCCCAAGCAAAACACGAGUGAUGAUCAAUGGCGAAGCCCUAAUAAUCGGGCGCGAAAGAUGAGGUUGAUUCAAACCCACAUGGAAGGUGAAGGACACGUGACUGAGUUGGAAUGGUUUUACACUGGAUCGUUGACACGAUCGUUCGCCGCCGGGGAAGACGUGGUUGGGCGUGCCUUCAGCUCAGCCACACAUGUUUGGUUGGCUGGCGGCGGCCACGGCGGAGAUUUGCAGUUCCACGAGUGUGAAAGAGUUCGAGAAGCUCUUGCUCAUGGGAUCCAAACUUUGGUGUGCAUUCCCAUUCCUAAUGCACUUGGCGUGCUUGAGCUUGCCUCCACUGACUUAAUAAUUCAAGAUUGGAGCCUCAUUCAAUUGGCACAAUCAGUUUUCGACUGUGACAACAACAACAUCAUCAUCAACCCCAUAAAUCCACCAGAUCCUUUUGUUUCUUCCUCCCCCAAGCAGCAGCCUCGCGCCAUCAGAAAAAAGCAGGGAAGAAAUGAUGACGACGACGACGACGAUACAGUGAAACCACAAGAUCAGUUACUAACGCCUCUAAACCACGUUGAGGCUGAGAGACAGAGAAGAGAGAGACUGAAUCAAAGAUUCUAUGCUCUCCGUUCUGUUGUCCCUAAUGUGUCCAAAAUGGACAAAGCUUCUCUGCUAUCAGAUGCAGUCACGUACAUCAAUCAACUCAAGGCCAAAAUUGAAGAACUAGAGGCCAAAUUCAAGAAAACGGAACAGGAAGAAGAAGCUGCCACAAAGCGCUAUCAUUGUUCGAGUUCUGAAGCGAGUGCGGUUGGAAUCGAAGUCAAUAUAGUGGGAACGGAGGCGAUGAUAAGGGUUCAGAGCCUGGAUGUGAAUCACCCAGCUGCAAGAUUAAUGGAUGCUCUGAGACAACUUGAUUUUCAUGUUCAUCAUGCCAGCAUGUCAAGAGUCAAUGACCUGAUUCUGCAAGACGUCGUCGUCAGGGUUCCCAAUAAUUUCAUGACUGCCCAGGCCAUGAAAAAUGCCAUUCUACAACGUUUACAGAACUGAGUGUUAUAUAGAUAUAUAUAUAUAUAUACAACAUUAAUUGUCGGUGAUCUGUGUGUAAG